CCCAUUACGAAUUCCUGAAAGCGAGUCAUAUCUUUGUAAAUUAGCUCAAACGCGCAAGUGGGCGAUUAGUCUUCCCUGAUUGGUUCCGGUUUGUGUCCGUUAGACGUGGAUACAGAUCACAACGCGCAGUUGAGCAGGCUGGUAGACCUGUAGUCCUUGUGCUUAUAAAUAAGGCGCAUUUCUUCAGAUACCUUCGUGCCUCGUAAAGAUCCACCCUGUUAGUCAUUUGGCCCCAUCCUUGUACCAGCUGAGCAUUCUCUCUUGUCCAGCCAGUUCAGGUCUCAAUUCGGGUACUUCCAGAAGGGGUCUGAAGCCUGCAGUCAUGGGCAAUUUGUUGUGCUGUGUUCAAGUUGAUCAGUCGACCGUGGCCAUCAGAGAGCAGUUUGGCAAGUUUGAUAGUGUGCUUGAGCCAGGAUGCCACUGCCUGCCUUGGAUGGUUGGGAAACGUGUAGCUGGCCAUCUCACACUCAGGUUGCAGCAACUGGAUGUGCGCUGUGAGACUAAGACAAAGGACAAUGUGUUUGUCACUGUUGUUGCAUCUAUCCAGUACCGCCCACUGGCUGGCAAAGAAAGUGAUGCAUUCUACAAACUGACCAACACAAGGUCCCAGAUCCAGGCUUAUGUUUUUGAUGUGAUCAGGGCAAGUGUUCCAAAGCUCCUCCUGGAUGAUGCUUUUGAGCAGAAGAAUGACAUUGCAAAGGCUGUUGAGGAUGAGCUUGAGAAGGCUAUGUCAGCAUAUGGCUUUGAGAUCGUGCAGACUCUCAUUGUUGACAUUGAGCCAGAUGAGCAUGUCAAGCGAGCAAUGAAUGAGAUCAAUGCAGCUGCAAGGAUGAGGUUGGCCGCGAACGAGAAGGCGGAGGCUGAGAAGAUCGUCCAGAUCAAGCGCGCCGAGGGCGAGGCGGAAGCGAAGUACCUCUCUGGACUCGGUAUCGCCCGCCAGCGCCAGGCCAUCGUGGACGGGCUGAGGGACAGCGUCAUCGGCUUCGCGGAGAACGUGCCCGGCACGAGCGCCAAGGACGUGAUGGACAUGGUGCUGAUCACACAGUACUUCGACACGAUGAAGGAGAUCGGCGCGUCCUCCAAGUCCUCGGCGGUGUUCAUCCCCCAUGGCCCUGGUGCGGUGCGCGACAUCGCCACGCAGAUCCGCGACGGGCUUCUCCAGGGCCAGUCUGCUACUCAGCAGUAGUUUGGCUGGUUGGCUGGCUGGCUUCACCGGCAUGGUCAUGGACAUACGACAGCUGAUGGUGGUUUGUGGUUUGGUAGCUAUAUAUGCCUACUUUAUUGUGGCCUUUCUGGAACCAUAUGUGGAUUGUGGCAUGCAGUAGUACUUUAGAUUGAUGCGUGGAAGCAAGACCUUUGUUAACCUGUUGGGGAUUCAGCAUGGUAUAUGCACAUUAUGAGAUGGUAGUGGUGAAUUUGGUCUGA